CACGGCAAAUCUGCUUUUGUGUUUUAGUUUUGAGAUCUUUUAGGUACCUGAGAUAUCUAAUUAAAAAUAAUAAUUAAUCCCUAGAAAUGGAUUUUGAAAGCCCUGACGUGGAAAAGGAUUUUCCGGGUCUAUAUGCUUCUGAAGCGGGCAGGAAAAGUAACGAAAGUGACUUCAGUGAUGCAGGAGAACAUGAGAAACCAAGCAAGAAAGACUUGCUUGGUCGUCGGAAAGACAAGAAGGAGUCCAAAAAAGACAGAGGGUAUGCAGCUUUGGAGGGAGAGAGCUCGCCUGAAGAGGACACUGAUACAAAGAGUCCCUCAAAAUCUAAGAAAACAAAAUCAUUCAAAUUCCCUACAAAGAGUAACAAAGAAAAAAGAGAAAAAUCAAGAGAUAAAGAAAAAGUUUUAGAGGAAGCUAGCAAACACAAGGAGCUACAUGAAAAAGAGAAAAAAAAGGAGAAAGAGAAAGAGAAGGAACGUGAGAAAGAGAAAAAAGAAAAGGAAAAGAAAGAAAAAGAGAAAAAGGAGAAGAUGAAGGAAAAAGAUAAGGAAAAGGAAGAAAAAGCAAAAUUCAAGCUGGAAUCAAAGGAAAAACUGAAGGAUGAGAAGAAAGAAAAGACAAAAGAGAAAGAUAAAGAAAAGGUGAAGGAAAAAGAAAAGGACAAAGUGAAAGAGAAGGACAAAGAUAAGAAGGACAAGAAACUGACUAAAGUCCCGUCGACGGUUACAUCUGGUGUGCCUUUUGAGGAGAUAUUUACCUUGGGAGUUGCACUUCCAAUUUUCGGCGUACCUCUGCAGCAGUCAGUAGAACGCUCGAGAUGCCACGACGACACGGGUCUGCCCCUCGUAGUUCGAGACAGCAUCGACUUCUUACAGGCCCACGGAAUAAAAUCCACUCAGAUCUACCGUUCCGAUGCGGACAAGAUAAAGUUGCAACAGCUUAGAAAACUGUACACUGACCGCGGGCCCACGUUCCCUUACCAUUGGGACGUGCCAGUCGCCUGCGCUAUGCUCAAGACUUUCAUCAGUGAGCUCCCCGAGUCGAUCCUAACGCAAGAGCUACACGGUCAGUUCGAGCAAUCGACGGCGAUGGCUGAGCCGCAGCGGCAGCAGAGCGUGCGGGCUCUAGUGGACAAGCUGCCCGGCUGCAGCCGCAGCGUGCUGGGCUGGCUUGCCACACACUUCCAGAGUGUCGUCGCUAAUGAACAGGUGAACCACGUGAAUAUUCAGACGAUUUGCGGCGUGAUGGGAGCAGCUCUGAACAUGUCCCCGAGUCUGCUGUCCUACUUCAUCACCAAGGCCGAUGUGCUGUUCCCUGAAGUCCGUCUUACCAAAUACGUACCACCUCUACAAUCGCUGCCGACGGAGUUCCCGGACGCGGCGCCGGAGCUGAGCGCGGAGCUCCGCAAGCAGGAGUCGCUGCUGAGCCAGCUCCACGCUGAGAUGCAUGCGGGCUUCAUCACCGCCGUCCGCGACCACCAGCUGUGGGAGGCUCAGAGGAUUGUCACACAGCUCAAGAGGAGACUCCGCGCGGUGCAGAAGUCAGUGGAGCCGCCGGCCGCCGAGUCUCAGCCAACAAAACCACCGCCACAGUCAUCAAUCGAAGAUAAAACGGAACCAGUACGACGUAAUUCGCAACAGACAGACACACAAACGCAAGAAGAAGCUACAAGCGUAAAAACUACACCCGAUGCAUUUCAAGACAUAGUAGACUCCCCCAAACAAGACCCUACUUUUGAAGCUGAAUUUGAAGACAAUUUCGACUUCACAGAAACGAAAGCCAACGAACCAGAAAUAGUCGAAAAACCAAUUCUAUCCGAAAAAGAAAUGAAACUACUAAGACUACAAUUAGAAAACGCUGAAUAUUUGCAAUUAAAAUCUUUGUUGCAAGCGAAAAUCAACUCGGAACAGUUCGAGAUAGUUAAGCUUAGGAGUCAUGUUGCUUUGAAGAGUAAACAAGAGGGGAUUAUUAAUAAGGAGAAUAAAGAAAAUUAUAGUUCUGAAGAACAGGAGUUGAGGCAAAGACUGAUGAAAGAGAAUGCGUUGUUAGAACAAAAAAGAUUAGGUUUAAUAAAUCAAAUAUUCCAAGAGAGAGUCGCGUGUGUUCAAUUGAAGAUAGAAUUGGCUAUGAAAGAGGUACUUUCGAAGUCUUAAACUUUUUUAUUUUGUUAUUAUGGAACACGUAAAGACAAAGUCGUAAUGUGAAGUUUUGACGGCAAACGUUAGUCAUGAUUUAGACUAUACGAUUAUGCUUAUGCUUCUAGACAAGUUAAUGUAUGCCCAUAGGAGCAAAAAUCUCGUAUUGCAGAGAGUCCUCUGAUAAACAGCAGAGGUAUAUUAAUAUUCCUUAUUACCAUUUGUGUACGGAAUCCUAAUAUUGAGUUAUAAUAUCUAGCAACAUACUGUGGCGAAGCCUGUGAAGAAUUUACAAUUUUUGAUAAAUUAUAACGUAUAUAUAAUUCUUAUAACUUUUGCAGACAAGAAUUUUAAAAUUUCAAAAUCAAAGUGAUUAUGAAAUAAUUUUAAAAUCAAAAUGAAUAUAAUAAUAAUAAAAUCAGUUUUCCAUUAUUAUUGAAAAUUCUUUUUUCUACUGAUAAAUACGUAAUCGUUUUGUGAGGUACAUAUUCUGUAUAUGCCAUUAUUGUAACCUCUAUUAUACAAGAAGGGCAGUAGGGGUUUGCAUUUUUCUUUUCUGUAAAAACUCAAUAACAUACCUAUUUAGAUUGUUUCCAACUUAGAGUGAUAAACUUCAAAUUUAUAUGAAAUGCGAUUAGGUGACAUGAUAUACAUUUACAUAAGACAUGACGUGUAUUCUUAUUAGAUAACGAUAAAAUAAUCAUUUUUCCGAUAAGUUAUAAAAUAGUUUUACUAAGCUCCAUUUGACUUAAAUAAUUUAUUACUGUUAUAUUAUUGUAUUAUAAUAUGUUACUGUAAUCUCAGCUAUUGUAUAAAAUAUAAUAAACAACUUUGGAUACAUA